AUGCGGCUGUUACAACGCGACAACGCCAAUAACUACACCCUCACGGCCGACCUGCGCGCUGACGAUGCUCCUCCAUACGCAAUCCUUUCCCACACCUGGGGCGCUGAUGAGGUCGUCCACGAAGAUGUCGAAAAGAACUUGAAUGACUGGCAACGGAAAUCUGGCUACGAUAAGAUCAGAUUCUGCGCCGAUCAGGCCAAGAGACAUGGCCUGCAGCAUUUCUGGGUAGACACCUGUUGUAUUGACAAAUCCGAUGCUGUCGAAUUUCAGACUGCAAUCAAUAGCAUGUUCAAGUGGUACCGUGGCGCGAAACGAUGCUAUGUUUACUUGUCCGACGUUUCCUGUCCUUCUAUUUCUGAUCCGCCGCCAGGCAUCACGACGUGUGAGGCUGCGUUGCGAGGCAGUCGCUGGUUCACACGAGGCUGGACACUUCAAGAGCUCAUCGCCCCUCAACUCGUCGAGUUCUACUCCAAGGAAGGGGCCUUCUUGGGCGACAAGAGGUCGCUGGAGGCGAUCAUACGCGACGUGACGGGGAUUCCAGCUAGGGCUUUGCGUAACACACCAUUGUCUAGCUUUACGAUCUCGGAACGAGAGGCGUGGGCACGCAACCGGGAAACAAAGCAUGAGGAAGAUAUGGUGUAA